GCCGGGGGUCCCCGCUCCGUGCGGCAGCGCGCUGCGGCGAAUGCCGCCUCGGAGGAGUUGACGGAGGCGGCGCUGCCGGGGGCUCGCCGCUCGGGGGGCACCUGGGCAGAUCGCGCCAGCCCUCCCCGGCUGGUCAGACCUUUUCCUCGGCAAGGAUGAGCUGGGGACCUCAUCCGAGAGCCGGGGGGGAAGGGGCAGGUGUAGUGAACAGGGGCCGUGUCUUCCCCCGCACGCACAGACAGGGGAGCUGCUGGAGAAACUACCAAAUCGGUCGGUGUUCCAGCAGAGGCAGAGCUGCGGUACCCGUGCUACUGUGCAGUUUGCAGAUCGAGUACUAAGCAGGGUGGUAGAGGAGGAGGUCUCUACAGUUUCAGUAAUCGGAAGGACGACGAAGGAAAGACUUGAUCUGCCAGUGGAAGUCGCGGUGCCUUGGGAUGGUGCGCUGAGUCAUUUCCACAAGAGGCUUCUGUACCACUCCGAAGCAAGGAUAUAUUAAAGAAUAAAGGUGUGAGGGCACACCAGCGUUUUCCUGGCUAGAAAGCUAACGCCCCAGUGAAUCUACUGAAGAUACCUAGACUUGGUGGGACAAAUAUCUCUACCUCCAGUUUUAUGAAUACUGCUAGCUAUGGCUGUGGAACUCUGUUUGCUGCUGCUGCUAUUUUGUGGAAGUACUAUUUCAGAGGUACAGCCUAUGUACAGACCACCUCCUGGGACUUUGGAUUUUGGAUUUGUACCAACCAAGACGUAUGAUACAGGUGCAUACCAUGAACCUGGGCCAAUAGGAAUUUUGUUUAAUAUGGUACAUUCAUUCCUGUACGUAGUGCAGCCAAAUUCUUUUCCUCAAGAUCUCAUCAGAAAACUAGCACAGCAGAAGUUUGGAAAUACACAGGAUGACUAUCAAAAGCCAGAAAAUGUUGUCCUGACUCUUCAGGCCAUCUACUAUGAAAUCGGUUUUAUAGUCUCCGCAGCCUUGGGAUUGCUAUUUAUUUUGUUACUGCCUCUUGUGGGACUUUGCUUCUGUAUGUGUCGUUGCUGUGACAACUGUGGUGGGGAAAUGCAUCAAAGACAGAAGAAAAAUGCUGACUGUCAGAGGAGCUGUUUUGCAACAUUUCUUUUUGUUGCUUCUUUAAUAAUAAGUGUUGGAGUGCUCUGUGCAUAUGCUGCCAACCAGCAUUUAACUAACCAAGUCCAAGGAGCAAAGAAACUGGUUAACAGUAAUUUUAAAGAUCUGAAAAUUUUCCUUAACGACACUCCAGCGCAAAUUGACUACUUGGUGAGCCAGUACAACACAACUAAGGAUAAAGCACUCUCUGAACUAAAUAAUGUUGGACCUGUGCUUGGAAGUAGAGUUCAAGAAGAGCUGGGAAAAGAAGUACGUCCCGCACUUGAUGCAGCUCUAACAAUAGCAGGAGCCAUCAGAGAAACAAAGGAAGCACUGGAAAAUGUGAGUGUAUCUGUAGAAGUUUUACAGGAGGGAACAGAAAGGCUUCAUGCAAACUUGACAGAUGUUAAAAUGCAUCUUAGCAACACACUCAGUGAUUCUGCAUGCUCUGCAUCUCAGGCUGCUUCAACUUGCAAUAUCAUCAGGAAUUCAUUAAAUCAACUGAACAUCAAUGCUAAUUUUAGUGGGUUGCCAGGAGUGAGCUCACAGCUUGCAAAGGUCAAUGAUGUCCUCAAAAUAGACCUUUCUACUCUGGUUCAAAAGGGUUAUGCAGCAUUUAAUGAUACCCCAGACUUAGUGGUGAAUCAAACCAGAAACAUUUUAUCAGCUGUUCCUUAUAUCAAAAACGUGCUGGAAUCCAUUGGUUCAAAUAUCACUACCUUCACAAAAACACUGCCUGUUCAUAAAAUUUUAUCAGAUUUGACGAUAUCUCUAACACAGACUGAAGAAUAUAUUCGAGACUAUUUUCCAGUAGUGGAGCAGUAUGAUUUCUACAGGUGGCUGGGUUGUCUCAUUCUGUGCUGCAUGGUGGUCCUGAUUCUGAUCUUUUACUAUCUUGGAUUGCUAUGUGGCACCUGUGGUUAUGAUAAACAUGCUUCUCCAACAACCAGAGGCUGCAUCUCCAACACUGGAGGAAACUUUCUUAUGGCUGGUGUUGGAUUCAGUUUUCUUUUCUCCUGGGUGCUGAUGAUUGUAGUGGUGCUCACUUUUGUCACAGGCGGAAAUGUAGAAAAACUGGUCUGUGAGCCCUUUGAAGAUAAAACUUUAUUCAAGGUUUUGGAUACUCCAUACUUACUAAACCAAGACUGGAAAAACUAUCUCUCUGGCAUCCUGUUUAAAAAUCCAGAUAUUAACUUGACUUUUGAAAAAGUGUACAGUGAUUGCAAGGAAAACAAAGGAAUUUAUACUUCCCUUCACCUAGAACACCUGUUCAAUAUCAAUGAAUUUCUAAAUAUUAGUACGUAUACAGAAGAUGUAGCACUUAAAAUUGAACAUAUUCAGAUAGACCUCAGCAAAAUCAUUCUGCUGGAUGAAAUUGGGAAGGAGAAUCUUCUGAAUUUCAGCUCUUCAGGAAUAGAAGGGAUAAACUUUGCAGCAUAUUUGACAGAGAUCAAUAAAAGUGUUACCAAGGUUGAUCUUCUAUCAUUUGCUAAUGACUUAGAAGCAAGAGCAGACCAGCUGCCAAAAGGAGCACUGGGAAAUGCCUUAAAAGGACACGCAAAUAACAUUCGAAUGAUUCAUAACCAGCAAGUCGUUCCACUAGAGCAAGCUAUGACUGUCAAGAAAUAUGUUAAAGCUAGGAGCACUUUAAAUCAGAGCAUUAGGUUGCUGAAGAGGACAUCAUCUGAACUUACGGUUAAGGUGAAAAAUGUCAUUAGUGCUGUUAAUGCUGCUCAGCUUCUCAUAAAUAACAACGCUUCUCUAGUUAUUGUCCAGGAGACUAAAAAGUACAUGGAUACCGUAGUUGGCUACUUUGAGCAGUACAUUGGCUGGGUCAAGGAGUCGAUUGCCAUGGAGGUAGCAGCAUGCAAGCCUAUUGCCAAUGUGGUAGAUACAGCAGUAGAUAUUUUUUUAUGCAGCUAUAUAACUGAUUCCGUGAAUACCUUCUGGUUUGGUUUGGGAGGUUCUUCAAUAUUUUUAAUUCCUGCCAUAAUUUUUGCUGUAAAACUCUCCAAACACUAUCGUAGAAUGGAUACAGAGGAUGUAUAUGAUGACUCUGUGGAACAGUGGUAAUACAUGCUGGAAACAUUAAUGGGCUGUAUAAAUGAGGCUCAAGAUUCUUCUACAGGAGUAUACCAUUAUUCUUCCAAGUAUAUUGGCAUUUGCAUUCAUCUUCCAAAUCCUGAGCCACUUGUUUUAUGUCACCCGUACUGUAAAUCCCAAAUGUACUAUUGAAUGUUAUGCCAUAAACUACUGUACAGAAUAUUUUGUGAUCAGGGCACUGCCUCUCGAAUACCACUGUUCAAGGCUUGAAUUAAAAUGUUUUUUGUUUUUUACUUUUUUACACUGGGCUUUCUACCUUACAUCACAGUAUAUAAAUUAAUUAGAUUAACAGCCUUUCCCUAGCAAUCUUCUGACAAUUGGUCAAGUUCUUAUCUUAAAUUGUUGAUUUGUGUUAAAUACAGUACAUACACGUUUACAUAAAAAUACAUUUUGUAUACAGAGACUUUUGUAUAUACCUUUUUCUUAAAACUUAUAAGUGUUUAGUUAAGAUUUUAAUAUUGUAUAAUAGUCUUCACCAAUGAAUUUACCAGCAUGAUCAGUGUUGCUAUUUGGUGCUCUUGAAUGACCACUUUGGACUAAAUUGGAAUUGUCAUGGGAUCCACAGUGUCUCUCUGUGUCUCUGAAAAGUUCGGUUGCAGUUUUGUUUUCUCUCUUAUUUUUUUAAUUAUUUAAUAUUUAGUGGGGUUUAGAGUGUAGACCUAAAAGGAACUUUGGAGAAGUAUGUUUUGAAACUCUUCAGGUGGGAGGGUUGGGAGUGUGAGUGAUGUGUAAUACAGUGAAAAAGCUAAGCUUUCUAGAGUUCAGUAGUACUCAGAGAGCAUGAGACACGUCAUAUGUUGGUGAUUUUUAGAAUCCUUUAUGUUUUCUGUCUCAGUUUUCCUCAUUCAUGCUCAUUUCUAUAAAGUCCUUAAUAGAAUCACUGUUAAGCUGUGACUCUUUCAGGGGGCAGUGAUACUAUUUUGCUAAAUAAUUUUGAGAUAAUGAUUUCCAAUAUUGAAAUUCAAAUGUGUUUAGCAAUUGGAGUUAAAAUUUGUACUAUUAGAGUUACUGCCUUGAAUUUAGGCAUACAGUUGCAUUGCUGAAUUAGGUAACAGAAGAAUUCAUCAACAAGGCCAAAAGUAUCUGUGUUACUAGUGUAAACCAUUUCAGCGGGUGAAGUAAUUGGGUAUAUUCAUCUAAAAUAGUGUCUCAUACAUCAGUAUUGUUAACUUUGUUUCCAGAAAGGUUCAUUGUCUUGAAGUAGGGAUAAUCCUAUAAAUCAUUCGUAUAAUUUUAAAGAAAUGCUGAAAAGUGAUACCAGUCUUUAAUCUGGAAAAAACUUAAAUUUUUCAUUUUUAGGUCAUAAAUGGAAACAUUUGUAAUUGACAGUAUGUAGCAUAUGUGUAUAUGUAAUGUUCAGAACUGCAGGUUUUUAAAAGUUUCUAUUUUUAAUUUGACAAAAUGUUCCCAGUUCAUUUAAAUAAAAAAGAACUUGCUUAACUACCUGAUGUUUGAUUCUCAAUUGUUUUGUUGUGUAGACCUGUCUCGGAAGAGUUGCACUGAGUUAAAAUCGUAUGAAAAUUAAUUAUUUUUUUUUUACCCCGAUUAAAAAUUUCUGCUAUAUUUGACUUUUAUCGAUGACUUCAGCAAGAUAAGAGACCAAGAAUUGGAGCAGGAAAGACCGAAAGAAUGUGGACUCUGGGUAAGGGAGCUUCUGACUUCCACAAAGGAUGUGAUUUAUGCAAAGAUGGUAGGGUUCAAGCUAAUGAGUUGGGGAGGAUAUCCACAUACCAUGUAAGUACUCAAGGUGUAACUGCUUGCCACUGUUGUUUUCUGUAGCAGUGACAGCAGAAUUAAAUGUUUGCCAGUUCUUCAGCUCCCAUAGUUCACUGCUGACAUCCUGGCCAAACCUGUAAAAGGACUAUUAUUUUCCACUGAUAAGGACAGAUUGUGAACUGUUUCAUCUAAAGCACAGGCAGACAGAGGUCACAAAUGUCAGGUGGGAGUGAGAGAAACAGUUGGCAGUAACAUGUUAACUAUAGUACAUAAAUAUACCAAAGCUCUUGAGUCUAAGCUUUGGUAUUUGUCCUUAUUCUUGUAGUCUGAUUUGUUUUCACGAUUACACUUUAAAAACUGUCAGAACAAGAUAUCUGAAAAAGUUCCUUUAUACCAGUUAAGUAGUUUUGAACUCUUUAACAAUUAUUAGAACAAGAGAGAUUAAUGCCUCAGAUUCUAAUCUAGGAACUGUCAAUGCUAUUGUGCAUAACCAAGUGUAAAUAAUACAUUUGUUUGUCAAAUAUUAGGUCUUUGAGUGCUUGCAGUAGGGAUUUUAAUUCCUUGAAAUGUGAAGUGGGCAAAAAAAUUCUUCUCACUGGAUGGAUGAUGGGUGAGGAAGCUCCCCAGAAAACAACAGAAGAGUGAAUUGAAAAUCUUAAGUAGGCUUGUACCAUUGCUGUUUCCAUUAAGACUUGACUGGAGAGCCACACCCCACUGGGAUUUCAAAGAGACAGUCAGGAGGAACAAAUGGCAAGAAGCUAGAAAUGAGACUUCUACUAAAAAUACUAUCAAAUAGCCUUAGAGAGGGGAUGAAAAGAAAACAAUGUUGUUCUCUCCAUCAAAUGAUAUUUAGUCAUGGGGAACUUCAUGACACAUUCACUGGAAGAACAAGGUUCAGGCUACCUAAACGGCUGCUCCAGGUGCCACAGCAGCUAGGGACUCUGUCAAAUAUUGGAGAAGCAUUUUUUGCAUUUUGUUUUUUCUGCUUCACUGUCUGUGUUGAAUGAAUGUUUUUGCCUCGGUAUUUUCUUUAGUGAUACCUAUUGAAUGGCUAGAUAUACAAAGUGGUAUUCUAUUCCAUUACGUAUGGCCAUUCUCAAACUCAGGGUUUCUAGCACCCCACAGCUAUUCAAACAUAGCUAAAUAAUACAGUACCCCUUCUAGAAGCUGUUCAGGUCAGGCUUGGGUGUCGGAUACAUGUCUUUGAAAGAAGUGCCUAGUGGGGUCUUAUGAGACAGAAAAGUGCUGUGGCUUGCAACAGCACGGGAGGAAUUUUUACCUUGUGACUUCCUGAAUGCGAAGGGAGUUGCUGUGAUUUUCUUUAGCUCUGCUUUUAGUUACUGCAGCAGAAACUCCUAGUACAGGAUUCUGCACUAAAAUAUGUCUAUUCAUUUGCCUUUGUUUUCUGGCAUUUUUACAGCUCAUUUAUUAUGAGUAAGAAAAUACCUAUUAAAAGAAAAAAAGCGAAAAAUGAUAAAGCACAUUGCUGACAUGCUCUGGGGUCUAUUCCUUGCUGCUGAGACCCAUGAUAAGCUAGGUCUGUUGUCUUACUCUGACUGAAAAUAAUCUAUGAUGUGAAAAUUAUAGUAAAACUUCCAAAUGUUUGGUUUCUAUUUAAGCCUGUAAUACCUUAUUUAGCUAAAGCUGUAUUCCUUAUCUUGUUUAAAUAUUUCAAGUUUUUAAAUCUUUCAUGGCUUAAAGAAUGAGCAGUUGAUUCUUCCAUGUGUCCCCACUGCAAGUCAUGUGCUAACAAAAUGAAGUACUAAAGUUGGAUCCUUACUGUGCAAAUCCACAGAAAACCCAUUCCACAAAUCAGCCUGUAUUAGUAGGACACAUUUCAAAUCAUCCAGGUGGAGCUGCAUAGAUUGCUUUAGCACUUUUAUCUUUUCUUACUUCAAUAUGGUCUUACAAGCUCUGACAUGAAGAUAGAGCUAUAAGGCAGCUGGAGAUUGGAAAAUACCUGUUAAAAAUCAAAUAUGACGUGUUCAUCCUGGAUAGGAAUGUGCUUCUUGGUUAUACAACUAUCGUUCUGUAUUUAACUGCAUUUACAGGAUUUGUCUUGUUACCUACUUGGGAGUUCACAGGUUAUCCGACACUCCCUCAGGCUAUAAAUUAUGGGCACAUGCCUACUGAAGUGUGAUUUAUUAUUUUUUUAAAAAAAAAAAAAACAACAAA